GAAGAAGAUUCCGUGAGUCAUUCGCAUCUCUCUGACUCUGAUUCUCUCUGCUUCUACUUGUUCCUUCUCUAUCUCUCCCUCUUUAUAGCAUUUCUUCUUCAACAAUUCUUAUAGAGUUUUUACGGCUAUUCCUUCAGGUUAGAUCUCUCUCUAUAAUUUUGCAUGUUUCUAUUUAGCAUAUAACAUUUCGUUGCUUCUUCUUAGCUUUGCCUUUAAAAUUUGUUCAAAACGUUAUAUGCUUUGUCCAUUAUUCACAUAAAAUUCAUACGCAAUUAAAAAAAAAAACAGAUACAAUUUUCUGGUCAUUGAGAAUUGAGCAAUCAAAUUUUAGGUGUUGACUUUGAAACCAAUUUCUCUCUGGCGAACACAUGUAUGCCCAAUAAUUAUAGUUUAAUUUAUGAAUAUUUUUGUUUUGUCAUCAGAACAGAAGAGAACAAAAGAGGCAACAAAGUAGUUGGAUUGUUCUGGUAUCGUAUAGAGAGAUUUUGGUUCUGUGUGGUUUCAGGAAGAUUUCAUGAGCCUCCAAAAUGUAUCAAAGUCAAGCAAUAAUGCCCUUGAGGGUAUCCAUGGGGUUCAUGUCACGUCUCAUUCGCCCUUCUCAUUUGAGAAGACAACUCAAGUUAGUGACUCCAAAUCCACAGACAUGGAAUCAAAUCAGAGACUGCUCAUCGAACGUUUUUGGCAACAGAGACCUCCAUGCUUAAGGCCAAUCUGUUGCAGCAUCCGCGGUGACCAGAGUGUCUUAGAAACAGCUGCUAAUGUGGCCACUUCACUUCCUUUCAUAUUCCUCGGUUUGCAGGCACCAAGGAAGAAUCUGAACACAAAGGUGUACGCAAACUCCUUAAUUGGAGUUGGAAUUGCAUCGAGUCUGUAUCAUGCCUCUAGGGGAAAGUUGAGGAAGUACCUGAGAUGGGUAGAUUACACAAUGAUAGCCACAACAACAAUAUGUCUCUCAAGGGCUCUAAGGAAUGAGAACCCAAAGUUUUUGAUGGCUGCAUCAGCUUUAGUUCUACCUUUUCAGCCUCUCAUGGUCUCUGCUGUUCACACUGGAAUGAUGGAGGUCGCAUUUGCUAAAAGAAGCUUAAAGGAUCCAGAUCUCAAAACAGCUCAUAACGUACACAAGAUGUCUUCAUUGCUAGGAGGUGCCUUGUUCAUAGCUGAUGAUUUCUUCCCCGAGACACCAUUCAUUCACGCCGGCUGGCACCUCGCUGCAGCCAUUGGAGUUGGAACAUGCAAUAAGCUUCUUGAGUAGAUCAAGAUUUCCGAAAUUCCUACAAAACUUCUCUAUUCUUAAAACAUUGAAACAAAUGGUUUCUCUGUUUCUCCUAAUCAGUCGACACAACUAAGAAGCAUUCUAGACUUAUAGUCAGUAAUCUCUAUGUAAGAAGUAGAUCAUCAUUCCCAAACAAAAGAGAUUAUUGAA